AUGUCAGAAGAGGCGAUCUGGGACGAUUUGGCUUCUGAAAUUGCAGAUGAUUUCGCUGGCGAAUAUUUGAAAAACGCAGAUAACAUGAGCGAAAACGAGCUGAAAAAGCUGCGAGAAGAUUUGCGAAAGAAAAUCGGAAAAUCGAGCAAGAAAAUCGUCUUCAAUCCCGUGACAAAGCAAUACGAGAAGAACAUUAGCCGGGGCGAACGAAACGCGCAUUCUGACGCGGAAUCGGACGAAGGAGAAAUAAAAGAUGAAAAAAUCACGGCCGACGAUUUGAUCAACGAACUCAUCAAUGAUGAAACGAAUGAAAACGAUUUGAAAUUGGUGACUGAUGUUAUUAUGGAAAGCAGCAAGAAUAGGAAAAGUACGCAGAAUGGAGAUUCUCACAGAUUAACUCCAGUGCGCGACGAACCAAUGUACCAUUCCCGUAACCGGCUAGAUUCCGUCAAUUCCGACCUCAUUCGAGAGAAAACCAAGUCCAAAUGGGCAAGUGAUUCUAGCGACGAUGAAGCAGACAAACCAGAACUUGCAGCACUUCCAGCCGCGGUGACAUCGCUCCAGCAAGAAAUGACAGCGCGUUCUCUUUCUCAACACUCCAGUCCAGCUCAUAUGGCGACUCCGCCGCCUCCAGCGCAGGAGGAUGUUUUGGGGGGCCUUUAUGACGAAAAUGGAGAGGCGCUGGAAAAUGAUCAGGAACCAGAAGGAGGAAGACUAGAUUUUUACUAUCCAUCGAUACAAGGCUGUCGGCAAGUCGACGACAGUUAUAAAUUCCUGAAUAGAAUAGCAGAAGGAACAUAUGGCGUCGUCUUCCGUGCCGUCGACAAAAGAUCUGAACAAGUCGUCGCGCUGAAAAAGCUGAAAAUGGAGAAAGAAAAGCUCGGUUUCCCAAUCACCUCUUUACGAGAAAUCGUCACACUUCUCAAAGCAAAACAUGAAAAUGUGAUAAAUGUGCUGGAAAUCUGCGUUGGUGCUACGAAAGACAAGAUCUACAUUGCCAUGGAAUAUCUUGAACACGACAUGAAGACACUCAUGGAAACGAUGAAGGGAAACUUCACCAUUGGAGAAGUUAAGACGCUGAUGAUACAGUUGCUCAGGGGAGUCAAUCAUUUGCACGAUAACUGGAUCUUGCACCGGGAUUUGAAGACUUCCAAUCUUUUAUUAAAUCAUAAAGCUGUGCUAAAAAUAGCCGAUUUCGGGCUGGCAAGAGAAUAUGGCUCCCCACUCGGUGAAUUUACAGAAGUCGUCGUUACUCUUUGGUAUCGCUCCCCAGAGCUUCUUCUUGGUCAGAAAAAAUAUUCCACUUAUAUCGAUUUAUGGUCUUGUGGUUGUAUCAUGGGCGAGUUUUUACAAGGAAAGCCUCUCUUCCCCGGGAAAACAGAGCAAGAACAGUGUAAAUUAAUAUUCAAGGAACUUGGAACCCCAGAUGACAACGUCUGGCCUGGCUUUUCCGAGCUACCACACGCGAAGAAAAUCAACUGGGAGCGUAACAGAGGAAACAUGCUGCGGAAGCGCUACAAGGACCAAAUGAAAAAGGAGGGCUACAACUUCCUGAAUGGUUUGUUAACCUAUGAUCCGAAUGAGCGCUGGACUGCCGAGCGCGCGCUGGAGGACGUUUGGCUCAAGAUGACUCCGAUCCCAACGCCGCGCGAGCACUUCCCGACGUGGCCGGCGAAGAGCGAGCUCCUGGCACGGAAAGCAGCAACGGUAACGAUGGCGUCUCCUGACGCGCCAACCGGUGCCACCGCGUUUCAAAAGAUGGGCGCGCAGAUUUGA